CUUGAAACUGCAGAAUCUCUCAGUCGUCUGUGCGUGUGACGUACUUGAUCACGUGACUGGCAGGAGACGCACUAUCAAACGGUGUGCACUUGCUGAUGCUAAACCGGUCUGUUUCUCUCACAGCUGCAGCAGGAUGACUCUCUCCCGGUUGGAGCGUGGUUUUGCCCAGUGUCUCCGCGUCCUGACCCGGGUUUUCCUCACCAUCUUUAUUUUUGUCCUGCCCGAGAGACAGCGGCCAAACGCGACCAACCGGGUCUCAUCGGCCAAAAACCCGCUUCUGCUGCUGUCCGGGGUUCAACUAGCGCGCAGGAUUCGACGCAGGGAGGUAUCCUGCGUGGAGGUGAUACAGGCCUACAUCAGUAGAAUUGAGGCGGUGAACCCCCUGGUCAAUGCAGUGGUGAAGGACAGGUUUGCGUCAGCCCUGCAGGAGGCAGAUCAGGUGGACAAGCUGGUGGCAGAGGAGAGCGAAGACGAGGCGAGUCUGGAGGAGAAGUUCCCUCUGCUGGGUGUCCCGCUCUCUGUCAAAGAAUCCAUCGCUCUGCAGGGGAUGCCGAACUCCUCGGGGCUGGUGAGCCGGCGUGAUGUGGUGUCCCACUCCGACGCAGCCGUCGUGUCUCUGCUGAAGCGCGCUGGAGCCGUGCCGCUAGGGGUGACGAACUGUAGCGAACUGUGCAUGUGGUUGGAGUCAAGCAACAACGUGUACGGCAGGAGCAACAAUCCCUACAGCCUGGACAGGAUUGUGGGAGGCAGCUCCGGAGGGGAAGGCUGCAUUCUGGCGAGUGCGGGAUCAGUGAUUGGAAUCGGCUCUGAUAUCGGGGGGAGUAUCCGCAUGCCAGCGUUCUUUAACGGAGUCUUUGGACACAAACCCACGAUAGGAGUCGUGCCCAAUGAAGGGCAGUUUCCCAAUGCCUCAGGUCCACAGGUAGAUUUCCUGUGUACCGGACCCCUGUGCCGCUACGCUGAAGACCUUGCUCCUCUGCUGAGAAUCAUGGCAGGACCCCAAGCCGAGAGGCUGAACCUGUCUGAGGAGGUGAACCUGAAGCAGGUGAAGUUCUACUCCAUGGUGCAUGAUGGGGGCUCCCUGUUUGUGUCUCCGGUAGACAGACAGCUGGUCGAUGCUCAAUACCAGUUGAUAGAGCGGCUAGAGGCUGACCUGGGGGUCAAAGUUCAGCAGGUUCAAAUUCCGGAGUUCAAAUAUGCUUUCCAGAUAUGGGCGGCGAUGAUGUCAUCAAAGAACGCUGACGGAAAGGCUGCGCAGUCCUUCACAGGGCUAAUGGGGGAUCAUGGCAAACCAGUCUGGCCUCUCUGGGAGCUACUGAAGUGGAUUCUGGGGUUGUCCUACCAUACCCUUCCAGCCAUUGGGCUGGGGCUGGCAGAGAAGCUCCAGAGCUCAAAGCCUAGCAAUGAUCUGCUCAAGAAGACACAGGCGCUGCGGAGAGAAAUGGAGCGCCUUCUGGGUUCGGAUGGUGUCUUCCUCUACCCCUCGCACCCCAAGAUCGCCCCCAAACAUCACCACCCCAUCUUUACCCCUUUCAACUUCAUUUACACAGGUAUCUUCAACAUUCUGGGGCUGCCAGUUACACAGUGUCCCCUUGGCCUGAGCACAGAGGGCCUGCCUCUGGGGAUUCAGUUGGUCUCCAACCUGUAUAAUGACCGUCUCUCUAUCGCCACUGCCCGCUAUGUAGAGACAGCCUUCGGGGGGUGGAGGGACCCAGGCAAGUCUUGACACCACCAGGCUCUCUGGAAUCAUGCACUUAACUGGAAAUAUUUUACUUCUGUUUUGUUUGUUGGGUGUCUUUGUGUUAGAUUCAUGCAGCAAAUCCCUCCGGUUAUCUGAGAUUAAUUCACGUGUUCCCUUUUUUAACAUUAUAUUCUUGUUUCACAGGAGAAGGAAGUAAGAUACUGUAGAUUUCAUGGGACCCCAGUUUACACUUUGUGGAUAAAAAGAGGGAGCGUCCUGCUGAAUGUUUGUUUUAUAUUAUUACAUCAUUAUUUCAUCAUCUGGGCUCUUUCCAUUAGCCAGGUAAAAGGGAUCCAGAUAGGGCAGGUCUCAGAUCAAAUUACAGAAAAUGACAUCUACAAUUACAUCUCUUAUAUCUAACAAUAUACCAACCCUGUUUUAACCUUGCUGCCUAAUGUUUCUUUAGGUAAAGUAAUCUUAAGAAUACUGCUGACUGGGGUCUCUGAAGCCUGCAUAAAAUGUGAUCCCCAUCCACAAUUUAAAAACAGCAAUGUAAAUCUAAAGCAUAGAAGACACAGAGAAAGACAUUCCCGUCCUAAACAUUUAUCUUUUCAUUUAUUAAGUUCCUUUUUUUAAUUUUUUUUUUCUAAAUUCAGCACCAUUGUUAGAGCCAGAUGGAGCUGUCCCCACUUUUUUUGCACUGCUACAGUAUAUUUUGCAUUUGAUUUUAUCAAAUGCAGAUUUCAAACCUAAAAAAAGAAGAGACUUUGAAUAGAGUACUAUGCAUAUACUAUUUUAAGCUAAAGGUACCUGCAGACAGUUAUCAGGAAUGCAAAGAGUACAAUGUCUGUGUUCAAGAAUGUGUAAUACAGUAACUUAAGCCUUGAUACGCUCUGUAAUACUCGUAUGUGAAGAAAGGCUACUAAAGGUUAAUAGUGAUUUAAUGAUUGCAUGUAUGAAUAUAAGUGGGUUUUAUCCCAGGCCAGCUUGAAAAUGAGAUGUUCAUAUCUGCAUCAUCUUAGUGUAUAAAUAAAUUAAUAAAAGUAAAGGUGCAGCUCGUACUGUAAUGCAAAACAAAUAAUACAUAAUUAAGCAAACUGUUCUGCAGCAGCAGUUACCAGAGAUGAUUCCAAACACUGUGGAAGAGAAAGACGUGCCAAUGUUCUACUGUGGCCUGUCUUGUGUGGUGUGGUUUGCUGUGAUGGGGCAGGGAGAGUUUUUCUUUGGCAGUAAUUCUUGAUUUACUGCAGGAUAUCCUGCCAGAUAGUUUGGGUGUCAGUUUUAAAACAUUUUAAAACAAGCCCAUGCAGCUAAACAAACUCUUGAGAAACUAUUUUGCUUUCCUGUCUCCUUUGGGAUUUUGUAUUUAUUAUUAUUAAUAUUAAUAAUAAUAAUAAUAAUAAUAAUAAUAAUAAUAAUAAUAAUAAUAAUAAAUUAAUAGACCUUGGUUCCUGCUUAUCAGUUUAAAGUCUUUUCUUGUUGUUUUCAUAAUAUGUGUUCUUUCUGGGCUGUCACACAAAUUUAAAUAUUGUAUCUAUAUCUUUUGAAAGAGUGAUGUAUGAAGUUCUCUUGUGUGUUUUUGUUUUAUCAAUGAAGGAUAUGUUAAUACAAAUUAAAUUGCUAAUGUACAA